AUGGCUAAGCAUGGAGCUCUCCUAUUUUCUUAUGCUGUCACCAUUCUCAUACUCACUUUGAACUUAUUGUGCAAUGCUGUUGAUGAAGAUAGACAUGCUCAUGUUGUGUACUUAGGGUCACUUCCAGAUGACAAACUGUACUCACCGUUGUCUCACCACCUUAGCAUUCUACAAAGAGUAGUUGGGAGAGAAUCUGCUGCAAAUUUGUUAAUAAAAAAUUACAAAAGAAGUUUCAAUGGAUUUUCUGCCAAUCUCACUGAACAUGAAAGAGAAGAGCUUGCUAACAUGAAGGAAGUAGUCUCUGUCUUUCCAAGCACAACUUUCCAACUUCAAACAACACGAUCAUGGGAGUUCAUGGGCUUCAAUGAGAAAAUCAGAGGGAAUGCCAUUGUUGAGAGUGAUGUCAUCAUUGGUGUUCUUGACACUGGAAUUUGGCAUGAAUCGGAGAGCUUUAAAGAUGAAGGUUUCGGUCCUGCUCCCAAGAAGUGGAAAGGUACUUGUAAAGGUGGUCAAAAUUUCACUUGCAACAACAAGCUCAUUGGAGCUCGGUUUUACUCGUCAUCAGACUCGGCAAAGGAUGUAAUAGGUCAUGGGACCCACACUGCCUCAACAGCAGCAGGGAACUUAGUAAAAGAUGUUAGCUUUUAUGGACUAGCACAAGGUACCGCAAGAGGAGGAGUUCCCUCUGCUAGAGUUGCUGCAUAUAGUGUAUGCAGUGCAGACGGGUGCAAAUCAUAUGAUAUCCUGGCUGCUUUUGAUGAUGCUAUUGCUGAUGGAGUUGACAUCAUUACAGUUUCACUUGGAGCAUCUUCGGCAAUUCCAAUCGCUCACGAUCCUAUAGCGAUCGGUUUUUAUCAUGCAAUACAAAAAGGGAUACUAACCACAAAUGCUGCAGGCAACAAUGGUCCUAUUGGUGGUACUGUCUCAAGUGUUGCACCAUGGAUGCUCACAGUUGCGGCCAGUAGCAUGGAUCGUGGGAUCAUUGACAAAGUUGUUCUUGGAAAUGGAAGGACACUUGUUGGGAAUUCUGUCAACUCUUUCACAUCAAAUGAAACAGGUUUUCCAAUAGUAGAGGGAAAAGAUGUUUGUAAUAAACGUUGCACUGAAGUCCAAGCUGGGCAUUGUGAAGAUUUGUGCAUAGAUAAUGAUGCGGUAAAAGGAAAGAUUGUGUUAUGCGAUGAAUUAACUGGAAAUGUUGAGGCCCGUAGAGCUGGUGCAAUUGGCACAGUUUUAAAGAAUAAUAUACCAGCUUUUGAAGGAGUUUCUGAAGUUCUCCUACUACCAGCAGUAGCUUUAAGGGAUGAAGAGUAUAUUGUUGUCAAGUCCUACAUGAACUCCACUAAACAUCCUCGAGCCAACAUAUUAAGAAGUGAAAUUAUAAAAGAUGAUUUUGCACCUAUGGUUGCUUCCUUCUCAUCACGUGGCCCAAAUAAAUUUUUACCUGAAAUUAUAAAGCCAGAUGUAAGUGCCCCGGGGGUUGAUAUUUUGGCAGCAUAUUCACCUGUUGCCCCUAUCACAAAGAGCGCUGAAGACAAGCGGCGUGUGAGAUACACUCUACUAUCUGGAACAUCCAUGGCUUGUCCCCAUGCUGCAGGUGCAGCUGCAUAUGUUAAAGAGAUGCACCCUGAUUGGUCUCCAACUGCCAUUAAAUCAUCUCUUAUGACUACAACUUGGCCUAUGAGUGAUACUAGCAACUUCCUCGGUGAAUAUGCUUAUGGAUCUGGACAUAUCAACCCUCUGAAAGCUAUAGAUCCGGGGCUUGUCUAUGAACCUUCUAAAGAAGAUUACAUAAACUUUCUCUGCAUGGUGUUCGAUGAGGCUGAUGUUAGACUUAUUUCUGGACUGAACAGGAAUUGCCCCACAAGCUUUGACAAAGGAUCGCCAAAGGAUCACAACUAUCCUUCAUUGGCAUCUGUUGUUACACCAACGAUACCGUUUAACAUUAGCUUUCAUAGAACAGUUAAAAAUGUUGGCCUUUCAAACUCUACAUACAAGGCCAAAAUCUUGCCAAAUUCUGAGGUUGACAUCAAAGUGGUGCCUGAAGUUCUUUCCUUUAAUUCACUAAAUGAGGAGAAGACUUUCGAUGUGAUCAUUGUCGGGAAAGCUUUGCAGGUUGGAUCAUAUGUGUCUUCAUCGCUCAUUUGGUCUGAUGGAACUCAUAAUGUCAGAAGUCCAAUUCUUAUAAGUUAA